CUCCAAGAAGAAACACCUUAAAAUAGUUGGAGUCUGGGUUGGGGGAAAAAUAUACAUAUAUAUCUCAAGCAUCAACAUGUGAUACUGGGAAGAGUGUGCAGACAACAGGAUCAUUUCCCCAACCUCAUUCACUACUACUCUGAGGUCACAUGAAAAUGAGCAGAGAUUGGGUCAUCAGGAGAGGUCUCUCCAAGAAGAGAAAAACUCCCUCAGUGGAGGCCUGUGGGCAGUGGUGUGGGGGCGCACACAGCCUCACACGCUCACGCCCCCAGCUGCCCUCUACAUAUACCCCGAGACUCCCUGCCCUCUUGGAGAGUUCCUGAAACUGGCCCUGCGGGAGUCCCGUGGGUCUGCAGGAGCACAGCCCUACUCUGAAGACUGGGCCCUUCCAGCUUCCUCCUCCCCCAUCCUGAAUCCUGCCCUUGGAUGCAGGAUGCUGUCCUCUCCUGAUGUGAUGGCAUGCUCACGGACCUGCUCCCGCAUCCUGGGGCUGAGCCUCGGGACUACUGCCCUGUUUGCUGCUGGAGCGAACUUGGUACUCCUCUUCCCUAACUGGGAUGUGACCUACCUGUUGAGGGGCCUUAUUGGCAGGCAUGCCAUGCUGGGCCCUGGGCUCUGGGGAGGAGGACUCAUGGUACUCACUGCAGCUACCCUCAUCUCCUUCAUGGGCUGGAGAUAUGGCUGCUUCAGUAAGAGCGGGCCCUGCCGAAGUACGUUCACUGCUCUGCUGUCCGGUAGCCUGGCUUUUCUUGGAGCCUUGAUUUGCUUUAUCACUUCUGGAGUAGCCCUGAAAGAUGGUCCAUUUUGCAUGUUUGAUGCCUCAUCCUUCAAUCAGACACAAUUUUGGAAAUAUGGUUACCCAUUCCAAGACUUGCAUAACAGGAAUUAUUUGUAUGAUGACUCCCUCUGGAACUCUGUGUGUCUGGAGCCUUCUAAAGCUGUCAUUUGGCACGUGUCCUUCUUCUCCAUGCUCCUAUGCAUCAGCCUCCUCCAGAUUCUCUUGGUGGUCAUUCAUUUUGUCAACAGCUUCCUGAGUCUUUUCUGCAGCCUUUGUGACAAGUGAUAGGGAAUGUCCUUUCACACGUGAGAGUUUUCCUCAGAACAGACCUUGAAUCUCUUCUGCAGAAUGGAUUAUAAACAAACUUUCCUUUUAGGUAUUCCUGUAGUGAUAAUAACGGCAAUGAUUCCUUGCACGUGUGUUGAGAGUGAUGUAUGCAUUUUAAAUCACAUUGUAAACUGCAAGAUGAUGUAUCAGUAGAAGGAAUAAUUAGGUCAUUAUUAUUGUGCAGGAACUUACAGUUCAUCAAAUGUCCUCCAGCUGUGAUCUCAUUUCAGCCUCUUAACAACUCCAUAAAACUGGCCACAUGUCACAGAUAUGGAAGUUGAGGCUCCUAGAGCAUAAGGGACUUGCUGCCUAAAAGCAUUCACCUGGGUUCAGGUAAAGUCAGCACCUGAGCUCUUAUCUUCUAAAUUCAAGUUCACCAGUUGUUAUGGAUGGAAUUGUGUGUCCUCAAAUCUCAUAGGUGGAAGCCCUAAGCCCCAAUGUGACUAUAUUUGUAGAUAGAACCUUUAAGAAGGUAAUUAAGGUUAAAUGAGGUCAUAAAGGUAGGACCCUAAUCCUUACAAGAAGAGGAUGAGAUACCAGACCUCUCUUUACACACAAGCACAGUAGAAGAGGCCCUGUGAGGACACUGCCAGAAGGUGGUCACCUGCAAGCCAAGGAGAAGGUCCUCAAUAGAAGCCAGUCGUAUUGGUAUCUUCAUGUUGGGACUUCAAGUCUGAUUUAUUAGAAAAAUAAAUGCAUGUGGUCUUAGACCAUUCAGUCAGUACUAUUUUGUUAUGGCAGCCUAAGCUGAUUAAUUCACCAAUAUUCUUUUCUUUAGUGUUCGGUGCGGUUCAGUAAGUGCUAUACACUGGAGUUUCCACUGUAUACUGUUGUGUGCACAGUGGAUCUAAAGAUGACUGAGGCAUAGUCCUUGACCUAGGACCUUGCCUUGUCCUUGAGGAGCUCAUGAUCAGGGUAGAGGAACAAACACAUCUAUAAAUAAUUUAAAUAUCCUAUGGUAAGGGCCAUGUUAGAGGUCAACAGGACACAGAGAGAGGUCAGAGGAAUAGUGAAACUCCAAGAAGAGGGUCUGUGAGAGAGCAAGGAAGGCACCCCUUGCAUCUGAGCUGGUUCUUGAAACUGCCCAGUGAAAAGGGGAGAAAGGGAUUCCCCAGCAGAGGAAACAGCACACUCCGAGGCAUGGAGGGGACCCAUGGGAAGGAGAACUGUGGUGCCACAGCGGUUUCUCACGUGGGACAUAGAGAACAGAGCACCUCUCUUUGUUGCACUUCAAGAUCUUGGUCAGGAGCUAGUGCUGGAUGGUGAGUAGAGUCAGGAGUGGGGUGAAGGAGAUCCGCGCGGGAAAUUCUGAUGGGCAGGGAACAGGACGAAGCAGGCAGCCUGGGAAGAAAUAGGAAGAUGGGCCCUGGCAAGAGAAGUGGUAGUGGACAGGUCCAGGGAACGAGUUAGGGAACCAUGGGCUCUGGAGCCACAGAGGAGACAAAGCCAGGAAGGGAAAGUGUGGGCCCAGUUGUUGUUGUAUCCCCUCCAUGGUCCCCAGGUCAGGGAGGAGCCGCUGAAGCACCAGAUGCCUCCAGAAUACAGGAAUUCCUCUGUUACCGGGGGAGGAGGGAAGGGGAAAGGAGAGGAAACCAGGGAUGGGGAGGGGAAUGCAGAAGGAGUUCUGUGUUCAUUCCACUAGGGGCUCCAUAGUCCUCCACACCCGCCUGUUCGCUGCCCUCUGUGGGAUUCCAGAGGACGCCUGCAUCUCCCCUUCCUUCUGCCUUCAUCCCAGGACUACCUCACACUCGGAAUGGGCUUUCACCCUGGUUUUUUUUCUCUUCAAAUGAAAGCCACAUUGAGGUCUUGGCUUGGCUUCCAACCAGGUUUAGGGCAGAGGGGCUUACGUCAGGACACUGUUAACAUUUUGUUAAGAAGAAAAGUCGUCUGUCCGUUACCUUGUAUAUUCCUUCUGGAAUAUCAUCAUGGAAUGAGGAGGGCAUUGCCUUGUUUAUGUUCCUGCUCGAGAAAAAUAUGCCCUUGGGGCGCCUGGGUGGCUCAGUUGGUUAAGCAACUGCUUUCGGCUCAGGUUAUGAUCCUGAAGUCCCAGGAACCAGUCCCAGGAUGAGUCCCACUCCCUCUGACUGUCCCCCCAUCAUGCUCUCUCUUGUUCUCUUUCUCUCAAAUAAAUAAAUACAAUCUUUAAAAAAAGAAAAGUAAGCCCAUCUUGGGAAUAGGUUGUCCUUCAGCUUUCUGUUAUAGCAGCUGGCACUCUAUUUAACCCAUUGCUCCCCAGCCAAAUCUGUUAACUCUUUAGGGCAAGGCCUGGGUUUUAUUUACUUUUGUAUCUCUAGCCCCUA